AUGCUCUUUUUUUUCUUUUUUGAGGGAAGUACAGUCUCUAAUCAUUCAAAUGGCCAUACCACCUUACCAGCUCCACCUGCUUCCCCAGAGACCCUGCCAAGUGCCACCUUGAACAUUAUAAAUACUCAUCCAUACCAAAGCCAAAAUCAUUCACAUUCUCCCAUCUCCUCUUCUCACUUCAGAAAGCACUGUCCAGGCAUGGAAGUAAGCGUUGGAAGCCAGCCAAAGCGCCAGCUAUGGCUGGUCUUAGCCGUGCUGGUUGCCAUGGCAAUGCUCGGUGAGGCAGCCAGAAGCUUACCACCACCUUCUCUUUCAGCAUCACCAACGUAUGCUCCUAUCAUUAAGGUGAUAGGCAAAGCAUACUGCUAUAGAUGCUUCAAUGAGGCGCACCCAGAAGAAUCCCAUGGGAAGGAGCACCUGGAAGGAGCCAUGGUCAAGGUCACUUGCCAGGCCAAUGACCAGGCAAUAGUGAGAUUUGGCUACACCGAAAGCAAUGGCAAAUACAGCGUGGCCAUUACCGGUUUGCCACUUAGUGGCACCUUUGGGGCUGACUCGUGCAAGGUUGAGCUCCAUGCGGCAGCAGGAGGAUCUGACUGCAAUGUGCCCAUGGAGUUAAAUCUCUCUGGAGUUAGUGUUUACUCAAAGUCCAAUGAAGAAGUGGUUCUCCAAGCCAACCAAGUAAUGGCAUUUGGAUCAAAGAAGACAUUUGCUGGAUGUUCAAAACCUCACAUUCUACCAUCGAUGUAUCCAUCUAAUUCACCGCCACUCCCAUACCAGCAUCCCUCGCCUCCACCCAACUACAAAUCCCCACCGUUACCGUACCAGCAUUCACCACCAACUUCUAACAAGUUUCCACCUCCAUCGUAUCAGUAUCCAUCACCUCCGCAGAACUUGUACUCUUCACCGCCACCGUACCAACAGUCCACACCUUCAAGCAACUACCAAGCUCCACCAACAUCUAACAAUCCAACACCAACCCACAAGUAUUUACCACCUCCAUACUACUACAACUCCCCAUCUUCGAACAGCCACGUAGCUCCACCACUGCCAUACCUGCAGUCCCCACCUCCGUACAACUACAAGUCACCUGUUCUACCAUUGUCACCAAUGCCUCCUCGCCAUUAUAACUCUCCACCUCCAUUUAACUAUGGAUCUUCACCCCCACCUUACCAAUAUUCUCCACCGUUACCUCCAAAACAUCUACAACCAAAUGUUCCUCAUGGUACUCCGCCACCAGCAUCAAUAUCACCACAGCCUCUUUACCCCUAUGGCUCUCCACCACCAGCAUCAAUAUUUCCACAGCCUCUUCACCCCUACAGCUCUCCACCACCAUAUCUGAACUCGUACCAAUCCCCACCACCACCGAUGCAGCUCCCUCAUGUAAAAUCGCCACCAGUUUCUUCAACAUCUCCACAGCCUCUUUACCACUACAGCUCUCCACCACCAUCUCUGAACUCGUACCAAUCCCCACCACCACCGACUCAGCUUCCUCAUGUAAAAUCACCACCAGUGUCUUCAACAUUUCCACAGCCUCUGCACCACUACAGCUCUCCACCACCAUAUCUGAACUCGUACCAAUCCCCACCACCACCGAUGCAGCUCCCUCAUGUAAAAUCGCCACCAGUUUCUUCAACAUCUCCACAGCCUCUUUACCACUACAGCUCUCCACCACCAUCUCUGAACUCGUACCAAUCCCCACCACCACCGACUCAGCUUCCUCAUGUAAAAUCACCACCAGUGUCUUCAACAUUUCCACAGCCUCUGCACCACUACAGCUCUCCACCACCAUCGCUUCUGAACUCCUACCAAUCCCCACCACCACCAAAUCAGCUGUCUUAAGCAUGAGGAAUGGUUUCUUGAAAUGAUAUGAUGUGGGCAGAAUAAACGGAAGAGUCGAAGUCUAUCUCAAGAAGAAGCGCCGUAGCUGGAAUUGUCAGCUAUGGGUCACAGUUUCUAGAAUUAUCUACCCAAGUAUCUAGUGUGUUUCAGCUUUCACUUUGUUGCCUAGAGCUAUUUCAGCAAUGUAACCAUAAGUUGUAUGAGCUAUUGUUAGUAAUAGCAAUGUUCUGUACUCAA